AUGUAUGUGCAAAGAAAAGCUCAUGCAUUUAAUGGUGGAAAUCAGUAUGUUCUCAGCACCUACUUUUAUCAUCCAUGUUUUGAUGCGCUGCCAAUUGUAAACCAAACUGCGGCAAAUAAUACUUGUGACGAACCUUUAUCUAUAUGUCGACAUGCUAACAACUUUGACUUGGUAAAUACAACAGGAUUAUUUAAAAAAGACAGUGGCAUCUAUGAAAAGAUGGGAAGUUCAAAUAAGACUGAAUUCAGUGCUGAUGGUCAAUCAAUUAUAUACCACAAUGAUCCUUCAUCAACUGUUGUCCUCCUUGUCUGUGCACAGACAGAUGAUCAACUUCAUGUUUAUUCAACGGUUGAACCAAACAGAAUUGUGCUGUCAUUUUAUUCAAGAUCAGCCUGCUUGCGGCAAAUUGAAGAGCCAGGCCGAUCAUUUGGAUCUACAUUGUUGAUAACAUUCUUUUCUGUUGUGAUAUUCUAUCUCGUCCUCGGAAUUUGUACUAAGAAAUUCUUGAUGGGUGCAACGGGAAUUGAAGUGAUACCAAAUUUAGGAUUCUGGUCAGAUUUACCAAAUCUUGUUAAAGAUGGUUGGGCAUUUAUGAUAAAUGGCUUCAAGUUACCUACGAGAGGCACUGGACCUGUGACAUCCCCCGACCCGAACAGUUACGACAGCAUAUAA